CCGACUCUUCACUCCGAGCCGCGCACGACGGGACGUUUUACGCGUGGUCGGCGGAACGGAAAGAAAAAUAGUUUUUGUUGCGUUCAGGGUCCGCGGAGCUCAGCGGUACGGGGGGAAAGAGUUUUUGUUGCGUUCAGGGUCCGCGGAGCUGAGCGGCGCGUCGCCGGGGGCUAACUUUCUCCAGCGGGGCUGCUGACCGUGUUGAACGGCGCCGUGAAGAAGUGACGUCAUGCCGCGGCGCACCGUGCAAGAGGUGUUAGUGCAAGAGGUCCAGAAGCGGCGGAACCCCAACAAGCAUUACGUCUACAUCAUCAGAGUGUCGUGGAGCGAUGGCGGCACGGAGAGCAUCUACCGGCGCUACAGCAAGUUCUUCGACCUCCAGUUGACCCUCUUGGACAAGUUCCCAGUGGAGGGAGGCCAGAAGGACCCGAAGCGCCGCAUCAUCCCCUUCCUACCAGGGAAGAUCCUGUUCAGGAGGAGCCACAUCCGAGACGUGGCCAUGAAGAGGCUGAGGCCCAUCAACGAGUACUGCAGGGCCCUCAUUCAGCUGCCGGUCUACAUCUCCCAGUGCGAGGAGGUCCGAGUGUUCUUUGAGACCCGGCCCGAGGACCUCAACCCGCCCAAGGAAGAACCGCUUGGGAAGAAGAAGUCAGGAGACUCCGCUUCCACGGACCCUCUGUUCCUGGACCAGUACGUGGCCGUCACGGACUACGAGAAGCAGGAGACCUCCGAGGUCAGUCUGCACGUGGGCCAGGUGGUGGAGGUCAUCGAGAAGAACGAGUCGGGCUGGUGGUUCGUGAGCUCAGAGGAUGCCCAGGGUUGGGUCCCUGCCACCUGCCUGGAGGCUCAGGACGACCCCGAUGACUUCAUUGUUCCAGGGGAAGAAGCACCUCGGAGGUUCUGGUCUCUGCCGAGGCAGCUGGGCCGCCGGAGAACUUUAGGGGAUCUGUUCAGCUCAGGCUUUGGGCAAGAGGAGAAGUACUCCGUGGUCUACCCGUACUCGGCCCGGGACCAGGAUGAGAUCGACCUGGAGAGAGGCAUGGUGGUGGAGGUGAUCCAGAAGAACCUGGAGGGCUGGUGGAAGAUCAGGUACCAGGGCCGUGAGGGCUGGGCCCCGGCCUCCUACCUGAAGAAGACGGACCUCCAGGACCAGAAGCAGUCAGCGGGCGCCGCUGCUCACGCCAGCACCAACGACCUGGACGGGUUCUCCAAGCAGAACCAGCUAAACAACGCGGCCAAAGAGAACCGAGACAACAGCCAGAAGGAAAACAGACUCUCCUUUUUAUCCGACACCAAGAAAGUGGGAGCCCGGCACAGACCUCCUCCACGCAGAGACCUCACCAUCCCUCGAGGGAACAACCUCCCCAAGCCGCCCGUUCCUCCUCAAGUAGAGGAGGAGUUCUACACCAUCGCCGACUUCCAGACCACUAUCCCCGACGGCAUCAGCUUCCAGGCCGGAGUCAAAGUCGAGGUGGUUGAGAGGAAUAAUGGCGGUUGGUGGUACAUCCAGAUAGAGGACGAAGAGGGCUGGGCCCCCGCCACCUUUAUUGACAAGUACAAGAAGACCAGCACCGCCCUGCGGCCCAACUUCCUCGCCCCGCUGCCCAACGAGAUGGAGAAGCUGAGACUGGAAGACGGUGGACCCUCGAACGCUCCGGGGACGGACGACAGCUGGUCUAAACCGUUACCGGAUGAGCCAAUCACAGCCCUGGACUCCUGUGCCCGGCCUAAGCUGAGAGAUUGGAAGUCCAGUGCCAACAAGGGCCCCCCUACCAUCCCCGGGGCUCUGCCUCCAGCUCCAGCUGCCCCCCCAGCCGAGGAGAAACCAGCUCUUCCCCCACGGAGGGAGUCCAUCAAUAAGAGCUUUGACUUUGAGGUCUCUGAGAAGCCAAGGCCGGAUCUUUCCAAACCGUUGCCGCAGAAGCCCCCGGCUCCUGGGGGGGUCAUCGUGCCCAAAGCGGCCCCCUUCAAACCGGACAAACCCCCGGAGGCCAAGAAAGAAGACAAGAGCAAAGCUCUUCACCUUCGCAACGAGAUGGGUCUGGAGUGUGGCCACAAGAUCUCCGCCAAAGAGGUGAAGAAGUUCAACCUGAAGCCCGUCCCCAAGCAGCCCCCCAAACCCAAACUGGAGGCGCCGGAGGAGAAACCCGAGGCCGCCGGCCCCGCCGUGUUCAUGAGACCGAAGCUGGGUCUCCGACCCAAACCGGUCCCGGCUGCCAAGCCGGAUCCUCUAGACAUCACCAACCUGAGGAGCAAGCUGAGGCCUCCAAAACCUGCGGAUCCGAGCUCCGCGUCGGCUGAGGUGAACCAUCAGAACGACUCCACCCAACCCAGCGCCCCCCCGAGCUCCCCCCCCAGCCACCCCCCUACUCUCUACAACGGGAAGCACCCCGACGAGCCGAAGCUGCCCCCGAAACACAUGAACGGUCACAGCCAGGAGAGCUCGCCGCCUCCCACCACGAAACCAGCAGUGCCUCCCCACAAAGACCCCCCACAGAGACCCCCCACCAUGGCUCCAAGGAGACCUCCUCCUCCGAAGAAGGCCGACCCAGCCGGCCCCACAGAGUUGAAACCUCCACUGGCUCUAAAAGACAUCCUGGACACUUCCAAGGGCCCCUCAGCCCUCCUCAGCAGACCUCCGCCCCCCAAACCCAAAGGGUUCGUUCAGGCCCCUGCACACAAAGAGAAAGAGGAGCCCAAAGGGAACAGAGUCCCAGUUCCCCCCAAGCCCCAGCUGAAGCCCGGCCCCCCCAGGGACAAGCUCCCCCCUCUACUGGUGGAGCGCGGCCAGGGGGAUCAGUACUUGGCCGUGGCGGACUUCGACGGGGACGACCAGACCUCCAGCUUCAAGGUGGGCGCCCUGUUCGAGGUGAUGGAGAAGAACAGCAGCGGCUGGUGGUUCUGCAAGAACGUGGGACAGGAAGUCGAGAGCUGGAUCCCCUCAAACUACCUGAGCAAGAAGCCUUAGUAAACAACAACGAAUACAUUUAAUUCAACAAAAUAUCUCUACUUUAUAGCUAAUUAUCAUUUUUUUAUUCAAAGGUACCUUUAUUUUUUUUUGAGACAUUUGUUGCAUUUUGAUUUGAUUUUAAUAUUCUACCUAAACUGAACCAGCAAUAACACAAGGCCUCGUGGGUGUUGUGACGUUUACUUUAAACUAAGUGCUCGCGUUGCAGAAGCUAACGUCUCCAGCCAUGUGCCUCUUCUAUAUGCAAAGUGCUAACGUGCUUCAUAAACUGUAGAUAUAGAUGUAGUCCUCGGAGUCAUCUCCAUGAACCAGAUGUUCAGAGACUGCACAGGAGCCCACAGGGGGGGUUCAAAGACUACACGUUAGCCGUAAACUAGAGAUGUCUGUGCCAAGAGAAACAUGCUUAGUCGUUACUGUAAAGCUUUUCUUCACUGACUGCAUAACUCAUUUCAUUUGAAGGUUUGCACAUGGGGGAAGGCCUGUCUUAGUUGUGCAUUAUAUUUGCUAUGUUUUUUGUACUCACUAACAAUGUAAAGAUGAGGCUGGAACAUCCAAACUGACAUGUCAGCACACGCCUAAAAAAUAAUACGCGUUUUAUGUGACUUGCGUUCAGCGUCUCGGUUUCAGAUGUCUGACCUGAUCUCCAGUUAGUUGUACAAUAACGUACAAUAUAAUUUACAUUAUAAUGCACAGUAUAUAGCAUAAUGUACAUUAUACUGUACAUUAUAAUUAUGUACAUUAUACAGCAUACUGUACAUUAUAACGUACAGUAUACGGUACAUUAUAACAUACAGUAUACCGUACAUUAUAACAUACAGUAUACCGUACAUUAUAACGUACAGUAUACGGUACAUUAUAACAUACAGUAUACCGUACAUUAUAACAUACAGUAUACCGUACAUUAUAACAUACAGUAUACCGUACAUUAUAACGUACAGUAUACCGUACAGUCUGUUCUAAACCGAUGUUUGGUGCUCAAAUAACAGCAGCGUACGACCAUUGUAAAAAUAAAAAAAAAGAAUGAAUAAAGUUACAUUAAUGUUUGACUGGUCUCAAGCAUAAUGUAAAGUUGUAUUGUACAGAAAUGAGAAGCAGAUCGUAGCUGUCGUCACUUUAAGGUUAGGAGACACGUGACCACGGGAGGAGCUCAGAGGGUUGUUUCUCUGUAGAGAGAAGACAUUAAAGCCACUCAUGCUGAUCUGCACACGGCUCUGAACAACCGGACAAGGCUCCGAGCUGCAAGGCUUCCAGCUGCUACGUUAUUCCACCUUCUCCCACCACGUGUCAGACAGCUGGAUGCCAGCUAGAAAGGAACAACGCGUCGAGGGUUACGAGAAACACGACGAGGGUUACGAGAAACGCGACGAGGGUUACGAGAAACGCGACGAGGGUUACGAGAAACGCGACGAGGGUUACGAGGAACGCGACGAGGGUUACGACAGUUACGAGGACUGCGACGACAGUUAUGAGGAACGCGCCAAGGGUUACGAGGGUUACGAGGACCGCGGCGAGUGUUACGAGGACCGCGCCAAGGACCGCGCCAAGGGUUACGAGCAGGGAUCCCCAAACUUUUUCCUGAGAGGGCCACAUAACGUUUCCCUUGUCUGCUGGAGGGCCAGCCGGGGGGGGGGGGGGGGGGGGUGCUAGUGAGAGUGUGCUCACCUGUGUGCGCGCAUCUCGGCUGAGCGAUGCGCGCACCACUCGCUGUUAGAACUGCGCGUGCAGACAGCAUUUAACGGAGCGGAGCAGCAUGAGCUCUGAUCGCUCUUUUAAUGAAGUAUCGAUACUAAAACUAUGCUAAAUCACAUCGUGUUUAACGUACGGGUACUUUGUUAGUAUCGAUACACCGUGCAGCGUGACAGCAGUAGACGUAGUGGACUAACAUUCAAGCUAACCUAACUUCCCAAACGCUGUCGACAUCUGAACGCUGAUUGGCCGAGACGCGACACGUCCCAUCAAAGAUGUUUUAUUGCGAAGAGCACCACUUCACAUUUUCUCCGCGUCUCACUGCAAUCUCAACGGCAGCGGGCCAGGUGAAAAAGAAAAGAAAAAAUCGGAACGCGCGUCUGGUAUUGUUCAGGGGGCCGGUCCAAAUGUGGAGGCGGGCCGAAUCCGGCCCGCGGGCCGUAGUUUGGGGACCACUGGUUACGAGGAACGGGCCCUCGGUUCCAAGGACCGCGACGACAGUUACGAGGAACGCGCCGAGGGUUACGAGAGUUAGGACGACCGCCGACGAGGGUUACAAGGAACGCGCCAAGGGUUACGAGGACCGCGACGAGGGUUACGAGGAACAUGUCGAGGGUUAUCAGGACCAUGUCGAGGGUUAUCAGGAACAUGUCGAGGGUUAUCAGGAACAUGUCGAGGGUUAUCAGGACCAUGUCGAGGGUUAUCAGGACCAUGUCGAGGGUUAUCAGGAACAUGUCGAGGGUUAUCAGGACCAUGUCGAGGGUUAUCAGGACCAUGUCGAGGGUUAUCAGGAACAUGUCGAGGGUUAUCAGGACCAUGUCGAGGGUUAUCAGGAACAUGUUGAGGGUUAUCAGGAACAUGUCGAGGGUUAUCAGGAACAUGUCGAGGGUUAUCAGGACCAUGUCGAGGGUUAUCAGGAACAUGUCGAGGGUUAUCAGGAACAUGUCGAGGGUUAUCAGGAACAUGUCGAGGGUUAUCAGGACCAUGUCGAGGGUUAUCAGGAACAUGUCGAGGGUUAUCAGGAACAUGUUGAGGGUUAUCAGGAACAUGUCGAGGGUGAUCAGGACAGGGAGUGUACGGCAGAUGCUUCAUCUCAGUAUUGUAGUCUCAUUACUUUUCUACUCUGUAUUUUUCAUUACAUUGAAGCUCCUUUUCCUUAAAGUCAAUAAAAGAUUCUGAUGUUUUAAGUAC